GACAGUGGACAGGGCUACUCCGAUGUAAACAUUCACAAAUAGUGCACACUUUUUUUGCUGGAUUUUGCGGAUUCACGAUGGAUAAUCUUGUAAAGGUUCAUGGAAGUGGUGGCUAUGAUUCAGACUUUAGUGAUGAAGAUGGCCAGGGAGAAUCAUCAGAGAAGAACCUCAAAAGGAAACGUGAAGAAGAAAUCCUACAGAAGCCAUUUGAAAAGGGUCGACAUUCUCAGGUGGCUCACCGGAGUUUCCACACCAGCGAGAUAGACAGGGAAGAAGCUAGAAACAGAAGAGCUCACCUAAUAUCUUUGAAUGCUUUUGAACGACAUAAAAAGUUUGUCAGUGACUACAUUCUCUAUUAUGGCGGACAGAUGGCUGACUUCAAACGUUCUGCAGCUAAAGACAAAACAGACUAUGAUGUAAUCCGUGAGAAUCAUCGCUUUCUGUGGCGGGAAGAAGAUGAGGAGGAGAUGACAUGGGAGAAAGAUCUGGCAAAAAAAUAUUAUGACAAACUUUUUAAAGAAUAUUGCAUCGCAGAUCUCAGCAGAUAUAAAGAAAACAAGUUUGGAUUUCGUUGGCGAACAGAAAAUGAAGUUAUUUCUGGAAAAGGUCAAUUCCAGUGUGGGCAUAAACGCUGUGACAUGCAGGACGGCCUGAAGUCUUGGGAGGUGAAUUUUGCAUAUGUUGAACAAGGGGAGAAGAGGAACGCAUUGGUCAAACUCCGAUUAUGCCCAGAAUGUUCUUUCAAGCUCAACUACCAUCACAAGAGGAAAGAGGUGAAGGCGAAGACAAAGACUAAAAAGGUUUUGGAGGAAAAUCGCACGGCAUCACCCAAGAAGAAACACAAGAGGAAGCACUCACGCUCAGAGAGACACAAACAUAAGAAGCGCAGUGAUCAUUCGCCCUCUUCCAGCAGCUCAGACGCCUCCUCAGACAAAGACCCAGAGGGAGCAGAGGAGUGUGAGGGCCAAUCAGAGGCAGACCACUGGAAAGGCCCUGCUCCUGCGGUGGAUGAAAAGUCAAGGGAGGAGGAGUUUGAGGACUACUUUGAAGACAUGUUCCUCUGACGGCGCCACUAUCAGCUGUAACCCCGCUGCGACUAAACUUUCCCCUGACAUAUCGGCACAGUGCAAACAUUCCCCCAAUACAGAAACACAAAUAAACAGAAUAU